AUGUUCCUCUUUCUCCUUCUCGCCAGUGCUGUCAAUGCAGCUCUUCCCCAGGUCGACUUCAACCGUAUGGGGACUGUCGGCUUGGCUGGCUCUUUCGCCGGAUUCGACUUUUUCCAAAAUUCGUCGCUUUCUUUUGACAACUCGACCUCGACACUCUUCUCCAGAUCAUCAGAUGGUGCUUUGACUGCUAUCGGUACCACUAAUAAUGGUGGUCAUAUUUCUGCUGGAUGUGCCCUGGGCGAUGUUUUUUAUGUCGGGGGAUCAUUUUCGACUUUGGGCUCUACCGCUGCGUCCAAUGUCGCCUCAUAUCGCGCUUCGUCCUCGCAAUUUUUUGCUCUUGGCUCAAAUGGACCCAACGGAGAGGUGGAUGCUGUUUAUUGUGAUGCAAAAAAUGGCAAGAUUUGGGUUGGAGGGGAGUUCACAUCACCAGGUGCUUCGGUUGCUGUUUGGGAUACGAAAUCAGGGUCGUGGUCUCAACCACCAUUCGUUGGAGUCGCCGGUGCUGGGGGUCGCGUCCUUUCCAUCACAUCUAACUCGUCCCAAUCCAGUCUUUUUUUCGCUGGGUCGUUUGUUGCUUCGUUUCAGGGUAAUGGGACGAUCAGCGGAAACAAUAACCCAAACGUCCCGUUUUCCGCAGGAGCUACUCCAUUCUCUUCAUCACUAGUCCCAAUACCCCUAACGAACGCCCAGGUCGAAGGGUCGCCAUCCUCAACAGAUCGUCAGUUUAGUGAUGUGAAGCAAAUUCUAUGUCCUGCAGGAUCAGAUGGACCAGGCAAUACUUGGCUUGGAGCAGAUGGGAGCACAGCUGUACUGACUGCCAGAGCCUUUUCCUUCAUCACUGCAAACGGCAUCAGACUUGGAAACACAUUUUUACCUAACCACGGGACGUCAGAGUUCAGCGUGACCACUAUUCCGGAUAACACAGUUCAGACCCUCAAAUAUUUGGACCCUCUUACGGGCCAGAACGCAACAUGUUCCGACCCUUGCCCCCUUUCUUCCAAUCCAUCUAUACUCUACCAAGAUUUUCUAUUUCCGAAUACCCUUUCGAUAACAGGAGUUCAAAUCAAGUUAUCGAAGUUCACUGGCUCUGGCACUGGUUUGCACAUACUGCAACUUCUCUCCUCCGGUGCAUUCGCCUCUUCAGUUGCCGAUAAUAAUAGCCUUUCUUGCUUUGCCCCCAACCCCCCGAAUGCAACUUUUACUGGUAAUUGGCAGGCGAAGGAGGCAAAUACCAAAAUAUCAGGAACGGUGCAGACAGUGUUGGUAUCCUCUGUUGAUGUUGGCACAACUUCAGAGGAGGGCCCUUCUUUGACUUGGAUGCCUUACGUCUCGGCGUCCGGAGUUUAUGAGGUUUCUAUGAUGAUUCCAGGUUGCACCAACUUCCAAGAUUGCGGCCUUCGUACAUCGGUGACUGUCACUGUUUUUCCCGGCCCCGGCUUAGCUCCUGUUGUGACUAUCAUUGACCAGACCAACACUGAGGACGCAACCAAAGUCGUUUAUAGCGGUACUAUUGUCCCCAGUUCUCCCGAUUUUAGCACCACCAUCCUCAUGAAACUCGCUGACAAACCCACUGGCAGUGGACAGGACGGUAAAUAUGAGUUGGUAGCUGAUAGAAUUCUGCUAUCGCUCCUGUCCGCUAACAUCAGUGCCUCCGGGGGGAGUACUCCAUCUGCUCCGGGGAGUGCGUCAGGCUCUCGGAAUUCGUUUGGCUUCCUAGAAUGGCCUCUUUCUGCCUCCUCCGGCACCGAUGCGACAAAGGUUUUACCCAACACCAGCAUCACAGCCUUAGAUUCAUUGGGAACGGACCUGUUCGUUGCUUUGGAUGGUACCAACAUCAACUCUGGUGCCUCUGCAAUCACUAGCGUUGCGCAUGCCGCAUCCGGUUCUAUCUACAUCGGAGGAAACCUAACGCUAUCAUCUGGCGCAAAGAAUGUUGUCGCUUUUGCGAAUGGUGUACUCACACCAUUGGGUGACAAUGGGGUCAAUGGUCCAGUGGCUACUUUACUAUUAGUGGGGGACAUGCUUUACGUCGGUGGAAACUUCCGAGAUACCACCUCCGCUACCACAAACGGUCAGCUGAGAAAUAUUGGAGCAUAUAACACCCAAACCAAUAAAUGGACCUCACUUGGUGCAGGGCUGAACGGACCAGUCACAGGCUUGAAUUUCUUGGACGGACACUUGCAAGUUUCCGGCAGCUUCACAAAGAUAUUCACGUCUCCUUCCGGCGACUCAGGUAUGGAUGCACCUGGUCUCGCUGUAUGGGAUACCCGCUCUUCGAGCUGGGUCAACAGUGGUGGCUUUAUAGCUGGAAACCUUUCCAUGAUCACGAACGGCACCGAUUCGACACAGUAUUUGGCUGGUAACGUCGCUGCCUUCAGGAAGUUUGGUGCUAGCGGAUUGGUGAUGAUCAACAAUGCUGGUGGAGUUCCACAUGUUUCGCCCUUGGGCUCCCGGCUUGACACCACGGCCGAUAUUGGCGCAGUUCCGGCGAGGCGAAGGUCUAUCCCUUCCCUACACACGUCUUGGAUGUCUCAUGUGAUGUUCCCUCGUUCAUGGGCCAAGCGUCAAUCCGGUUCCCCUUCUCCACUUCCUGCCCCCCUUCCUACCCCUGCACCUUCUGUCUUGGCUGGCGCUUUCUGGCGAAAUAAUAGUGGUAAUACUGAAUUGGUCAUAAUCGGAGGCAAUUUCUCCUUCCUUCCCACUGGCGAGUUGUCCGGCGCGCAAAAAGCACAAGGGGUUGCGAUCUAUAAUCCUAAUACCGGAAGUCUGCAAGGCCUGCAAGGCAGCCAAAUCAACGGAACAGUCAGGACGUUGUUCGUACAGGGCAACCAACUGUACGUUGGUGGGGGUUUCAGCCUCACUGGUACCAAUGCUAAUGGUUUCGCUGUCUACAAUCUUGCUUCUCAGCAAUGGGACAACAGUGGAAUUCAGCCGCUUCAGCCAGCAUCUGGUUCUACUGUGGUUGUCAGGUCCAUUUCCAGCUCCCGGACGAAACCGAAUAAUGUUAUUGUUGCAGGCUCUUUCGCCCAGGCUGGUUCACUGUCAUGCACGGCGAUAUGCUCCCUUGAUACCGCUUCGAAGCAAUGGAACGGUCUGGGGGGCGGCAUCUCCGGGGAGGUCGCUAGCGUAUCCUAUGGAGGAAAUAACCAAGAUCUUGUGGUUGUCGCUGGAUCUAUUACACUUUCUGACAACAAGGCUGCAAAUGUGGUGCAGUAUAUCGUUUCUAACAACACCUGGUCUGCCUUGGGGUCCGGCUCGGAUCUUCCUGGACCUGUUACAGCUGUUGAGGUCAAUGGAGGUAACAUAGACAGCGUGUUCGCCGCUGGAAAGUCAAGCGACUCCUCCUUUCUGAUGUUCUAUAACGGUACCAGAUGGACACCCCUCGCUUCAACCCUUCAAAAAGACUCUGUCGUCUCCCAGCUUGCAAUGGUACCUCUGCAAACGGAUCACAGUGGUAACGCGAUAGUGGAAGGCAAUCGGAUGCUCAUGAUCUCGGGUUCUCUGGAUGAUUCAUCCUUUGGAAACGCGUCGUCCGCUCUUUUUGAUGGACAAAAUUUUAUUCCGUAUGCCGUCUCUACGACAUCCACCGGUGCUGCAGGAUUCAUAGCGACCAUGUUCCACUCGUUCCAAGACAUCGAUUUUAACAAGCGCCGUUUCCUGGCGACCGGUAUUGUUAUAUUGAUCUCCAUCGCCAUUUCUGCUGGCAUUGUUUUCCUUCUCGGUCUAAUCGGUAUUUUGUGGACGCUCUUCUCGAGACGCGACAAGGAUGACAAAUUGAACAAGUAUGACCCUCAGGAUGAUGACGAUGACUCUAUGCAUCAUCGACCUUCGUCAUUACUGGAGCAUGUUAAUGCCGCCACUCGUGGGACCAUCGUCGGCGCAAGUCCGUUGCCUGAGAAGGGUGACGUCUCUGAAACUCAUGGUCACGACCCGUAUGGCCCAGAUGCUAGCCAUUAUGCCCGCGCUGAGACACCCUCCGAUGCGAUGGGCGGAUUGGGUACGGAAGAGGCCAGUCGCCCAGCCCAUGCCAGAUAUUCCUUCGAUGGCGCCGGGGAGGGUGAACUGCCGCUUACUGCGGGAGCAGAAGUUGAGAUUCUGGACGACCGUGACCACGCAUGGUGGUAUGCGCGCGACCUCAAGACGGGGAGAGAAGGUGUCGUCCCGGCAGCGUAUUUGUAUUAG